AUGGAAGGCUAUCGCCACCACUGCCACGAGGGCUUUAAUGCCGAUGAAGCUCGCAGUAUUGUUAAAGAGUGUGUAGAUGACGUCUUGGGUGGUGAAGAUUAUAAUCAAAACAAUAUCAACCAGUGGACUGCGAAAAUAGUGGAACAAUCCUCAACGCAUUUGGUUAAGUUGGGAAAAGCUUAUAAAUAUGUUGUGACCUGUGCAGUGGUGCAGAGGAGUGCAUAUGGCUUUCACACUGCCAGCUCAUGUUUUUGGGAUACUACAUCUGACGGAACCUGUACCGUAAGAUGGGAGAACCGAACCAUGGACUGCAUAGUCAAUGAUGUUUUUGCCAUUUCAGUUGUCUUGUAA